ACCUCAUCUGAAUCACACUUCUCUGCAUUGGAGGAACUUUCCUCAUCAUUCCUUCUUUUUAUUUAUUUAUUCUCUGCCGUUCAAAACUGGAACGCUUCGCUAAUGCGUUCAUACAUAUUUCAUUCCAAAGUAUAUAUUUGAAUACUUUUUUAAAAGUUACUCUUAGUCUGAGCUAAAUAACCACCUGGAAAACCUAUUGUCUUGGUUUAUACAACUUUUCUUAUUGCACUGCACUUGAAGAUUUAUAUUCUGCUAUUUCGGUCCAUUCCAAAGACUGAGUACUAGUGUUAUAUCCCGUUUGAAUAGACCAAAGCAACCUUUGCACAAUAUUACAAUUUUCGAAACCAAAAGUAUUUUUUAACGAAUAGUACGAGAAUGUCGGGUUUGAAUUCUUUGGACGCUGUGAAAAGAAAAAUCCAGUGUUUGCAACAGCAAGCCGACGAUGCAGAAGACCGAGCCCAGGUUUUACAGAGAGAACUGGAUGGGGAACGAGAACUUCGGGAGAAAGCGGAGGGUGAUGUGGCGGGUCUGAACCGCAGGAUCCAGCUGGUGGAGGAGGAGUUGGACCGGGCCCAGGAGAGGUUGGCCACUGCGCUGCAGAAACUGGAGGAGGCAGAGAAGGCUGCGGAUGAGAGCGAGAGAGGCAUGAAGGUGAUCGAGAACCGGGCCUCCAAGGACGAGGAGAAGAUGGAGAUGCAGGAGAUGCAGCUAAAGGAGGCCAAACACAUCGCUGAGGAGGCCGACCGCAAAUACGAGGAGGUGGCCCGUAAGCUGGUAAUCCUUGAGGGAGAACUGGAGAGAGCUGAGGAGAGAGCCGAGGUCUCAGAACUUAAAUGCAGUGAUCUGGAGGAGGAGUUGAAAAAUGUGACCAACAACCUAAAAUCCCUAGAAGCCUCAUCUGAGAAGUACUCAGAAAAAGAGGACAAGUAUGAGGAGGAGAUCAAGGUUCUUAGUGACAAGCUGAAGGAGGCUGAGACUCGUGCAGAGUUUGCAGAGAGGACAGUGGCCAAACUGGAAAAGUUCAUUGAUGACCUGGAAGAAAAAUUAGCAGGUGCCAAAGAAGAGAACCUGGGAAUGCAUCAAGUCCUGGACCAAACACUGCAAGAGCUCAACAGCUUAUAAAGACGAUGAGGAGGAAGAUGGAGAGGAUAAAAGUCUUGCAACAUUCCAUAAAUAAUAAAUUUCAUUCCACAUUUUGAGCUGUAAAGUCUUAUUCCCAGCGAAAGGGGAUUAACUUAACUUGUACCCUUUGUUUUUUUUUAAAUCAAUGAGUCAAGAAUAGAAGAAAAACAACUCAUAUUUGAAAUGUGCACUCAAAAGCAUGUUUUGAAAUAGGUUGUUAUAUGUAUGGCCUUCAUUUAUGUAUGAUUCAUGAGCUCCACCGAGAGUUAUUUUGCAAACAGUUGACAGGAAUCAGCUUUUACCAACAGACAUGGUAAUUUAGUGCAUGCACAAUGUAUGUGAACAUAUCCACAGGUUGGACUGUGCCUUUUAAUAAUGAGCCAAUAUUCAACCUUUGGUGUAUAUGUGUGUGUUAACAUGGUCAUUGACACUAGAGGAAGACUCAUGGAAACGAUGGUGAACAUGUCUGUGGUGUUACUGGUGGUGCUAAAAUACUGUGACUAUCAUUCAGGUGGAGGGAUUGCCAAAGCGAAGAAAAAAACAAUAGUUUAUGUGAAAAGAGUAUUCUAUACAAAUCCUUCAAGAAACUACAACUCCUCUUCUGACCUAACCUAUUAUCUGUAUGGUCUUAAAGUGCCGCCAUAUGCUGACAUGCAGCUUCAUAGCACCUCCUUUCCACUAUGGCCUGACAUGCCUGCCACUAUCCCAGCUCUGCAUUUGGCUGCCUAGCCUAGUUGUAAAAUCAUAAUCCUGGUAUUAUAUUGUGGUGGUAGCAUAUUUAAUAAAAGUUCAACCAAAAAAAGCACCACUGGGGCCUCAAUCAAGGUAAUAAAACAUGGAUACUUAUUGUAUAUAGUAGAAUAAUGUUAGUUAUUGAUGUAUUGCUCCAGUUUUACAAAACAUUCAGUCAGGGGAACUCUCAAAACCAAAGAAUACACAAACCACAGAAGGUGAACCGUCAAAAGGUUUUAUUGUUGUCUGUGAAGGUAAUCAAUCAAGCCUUCUCAUCCUUAUUUGACUGUGUCUGUGUUGAAAUGAUUCAUUCACUUUUCCAGCUUUCAGUCUAAUAAAUUUUUACACAACCUG